UAAAUAAAUUAAUGACGAAAGAGGUUGUAUUCACGCGCAAUAGAAUAAAUAUAAUUAAAUUGGGUGCAACCUUUCGAGAUUUAUUGGGAUUAAAUCACUGGAGAUUUAUAAAUAAACACCCGAAUACGUCAUAAAUAAACCAUUGAAAUAAAAAAUAACUCGAGAAAUCCUUGAAAUGAAUAAACAAUAUAUUGUGUGAAUGAAUGAAGAGUGUCUGGGUAGAUAAAAUAAUAAUGUGUCGACUUUCUGAUGAUCCACUGAUGGUUUUCUGAUGGUCAUCUAAUUUACGUCUUCGGGAAAAGAAUAAAAAUGAAUCCUGACAAAGUACAACUCCUGGAGUCCUCUGGAACGGACUCCCCGGAGGGCACCCUGAAGAGAUUAACAAGGUACCUUCAAACCCUGGCAGGAUGUCCCGACAACGAGAUGAGUAUCGUCCUGACGGAUCACUGCUACGCCCGUGCCUGGAACUGGAAACCCGAGAGCAUCUACGUGAGACCCACCAGGAGAAUCUUCUUCUCGAGUACCUGUGAAAUUCAAAAAAAUUCUCAGAAAAAUCUGGACAUCGAUGUAGAGACGCCACCCCCAGAGACACCACCACCCCCGAGUGACCUGGUGAAGCCCCUCCAUCAGAUGGAGGAAUGUCAACGGCUCGCGUCAUUUGCACGUCCGGAUAGCCCCGAGGACUGGGAAGAAAAGAUCGACAAGACCUUUUGGUCGGGCCUACAGAGUCGGUUGUGGUCACGAGUCCUUCGAAUCCUCUCCGAGGAACAUCUAUCACGUCUCGUUAAAUCAAAUUCCCAGGUGCUACCGAUAACUCGACGAUUGUCCAUUGACUCCACCUCCAAGAGGUUUCGACAUGUUUUCGCAUCGACGGGGUACGAUAUCCGGGUGAUCCACUGGCUCCAUGGAAUACUUUUUGACAAUCUCCCCAGGGAGUACCUGGGGAUUUACCUGGAUGCCCUUCAGACCCUGAGGGGAAAAAUUCCACAGCUGAUUGAUAAAGUCGUGUCGACACAGCCGACGAUUACCACGAGAUCUGGUGGAUCUAUCAACUGGGAGACCCUGGGGUCGGUUCUCAAAAGGUCUUGGGACCCCGUUGGGGUGGGACUCACGUCAGUGCGCCCCAAAAAAUUACCGGGCAAUCCCAUUCUCAUUGUCACACCCUCGGGAAUCUCCAGUCAGCUGUCGUCACGUCAGGUCAAGUGGAUCUCACAGUUAAAUUCUCUGGGUACAGUUGUCUCGGUUAAUCCCCACUUCGGCAUCACCUCGGGGAAGAUGACUAUGACGUCCUGCAUGGAUCAGCUUGUCCAGGCGACCAGGGCGAAGAUCCAGGAGAUCAGAUCCGACUGCCCCGGGAGGCCCCUCAUCCUCGUCGGUUUCAACGCUGGGGCGGCAUUUGCAUGUCAAAUCUCCAUGAUCGAACAUGUAAAUGCGACUGUUUGUCUUGGUUUUCCCUUCAGCACUGCCGAGGGCAAACGAUCAACACCCGAUGACAUUCUCAUGGACGUCAGAUGUCCUGUGAUGUUCGUCAUCGGGGAAAAAGCUGCGUCUGUCAGGGCUGACGACAUCGAGGAGAUCAGGGAGAGAAUGCUCGUACAGACUAGUCUCGUUGUUGUGGGGACCGCUGAUGAUCGGUUGAAGAUCUCCUCCAGGAAGAGGAAUGAGGGGAUAACCCAGGGAAUCGUUGACAGGUGUAUCCUUGAUGAAGUGGGGAAUUUCAUUGGGGGCAUUCUUCUUCAGCCCCAUCCUCUGCCCCUCAGGCAUGUUCAUAUUAACUAUGAGGGGAAGGGCGUCAGAAAGGAAUCCAGGAAGCGGAAGAACUCCACCAGCAGCUCGGUUGACAGCUGUGAUAUUCCGGGGAAGAAAUCUAGACCUGCCACACCUACGGGCUCUGGAUAUCCCGGGGGAAUGCAGAAUAUGCCCCAGGUGAUGCUCCAGGUACCAAACAGGUCGGUGAAGUCUCUUCCUGGGCGUAAUGGACACUCCGCGAGGAGAAGUGUCAAGUCCAGGUGCUCGAUAAAUCCAAAAUUGGUGGCCAUCGGUGGUCAAGUUCCUGGAAAUGGAAAUGGGGGGAUUACCCUGAAUAUCGGGGGUCUCGCUAGUCUGUCCCCUGUGGGACCCAUCAAGUUUGGGGCUGGCACCGAGGGAAUUGUCACGAAGGCACCCUUGGGGGUCAGUCUGACAAGAAUGAGGAAGUCCGAGGGAAUGGGAGGACGAGGGGUCGUCAGGGUGGGGAAAAGGGACGAGGGAAUUUCCCUGGAUGUUGAUGACGACAGAGAUCCUACCAGAAGAGCUCUCCCGAGGAUAAACACGAGGUAUGAACCUGGGGCACUGACUUCCGAGGGAAUCGGUCCUGGGGAGCCGUCUACCUCCGCCAUCACCGCAGUGGAGAACAGCAUUGAGUCCAGCGAUAAGGGCGGAAGUGCCAACGAGAAUUCCAUGACAAUAAUCCCGAUAUCAACUAAAUUAACACCUGGUGAAGCUAGUGCUCAUAGAGUACUGGCCACUGGCCCAUCAAAAAAUUGGGAAAAGACUGAAUCUAAGGAUCUAGCUGACGAUUUUGGGAGUAUCUUAGACAUUCCAAUAAUAUUCGCCAAAGACGAUGACAAUUUAACAUCUCUCGAGAAGAUUCCGCCUCCAGUGGGCCUAGGGGACUCCUCCAAGGAGAAAAAUCCACCCACCAAGGUCGUCCUCCUGAGCAACAAGAACACGAAAUCAGAUAAAUCCCAGAAUUACAAUCAAAUCGUCCUCAGACCUGCAGGUCCCAGUCGUUCCCAGGGGCCGACUAUAAAAUCAAGUGAAACAGUCAAGUACACGAAAAUCAUAUUGACCAAGAAAAAUACAAUAAUCAACUCCAAUAAUUCAGAGAAAAUCAUUCUGACUAGAAAUAAACGAAAAUGAAAAGAAUACAUUUAUAGAAAUUCCAUUUGUAAUAAAUAAUUGAUUAUGUGCGAAGACGACUGGAUUUUUUCAUGCACUCACACAUGUUUAGUUUCUGAAAAAAUAAAUAAAUAAAGAUUCCAAAAUUGUUGGAGCUUUUGAAAAAGGCAAAACAAUUUUUCUUCUUUUCAAUUUUAUUAAGUUCAAUAAUUCACGUUGUUAUUUUUUCUAUAAAGACAAAUAAGAAAAAAAAUACUCGAACAAAAUCGUAAAGAAAAGGCCGGAUGAAGCCUUCCACCGUGCCUAACAGAAAUAAAAAUAUUCCUAAAACCUAAUUAAA